AUGAAUCAGCCUUAUCCUGAUUAUUUUCCUGAUCGAUUUCCUUCCUCUCCAACCGUAUUGACGGGUCUGUGGGAGAAAUAUAGUGAAACAAGACCUGGACGUUGGGUUUGGACCCUUCGUAAUAGUGAUGCAAUUAUUGUCCUAGGUUGUUUUACCGUUUUGGUUGCCUUCUCGCAAUCCAGAUCAUGGACUAUCUUACGCUAUCUAAUUCUUCUAAGAAAAAGAUCGGUGAGGCUUGACGACAAUGGCGUCAGUGACGACGCACUCGAAGAUAUCUCCCAAGGAAGAGCGAUUACAGAUGUUCUACCUUUUGUCGAGUAUCAUACUCAUAGACUUCGAACCCGAAUCAUCGAAACAUGUACAUCGCGAAUCUCCCAGGAGCGGCAUAGCAGACCUGGCACUCCUGAUUGCUCAGUAAUAUCACCACUUUUCGGGAUCGUCGCUUUCUUGAACAUAGCUCUGUUUAUAUUUUUAAGCGUUGCCAUGCCUGUACUUCUUUCGCAAGGUGCAACUGGAUCAGCUCUUACAUGUAUGUUCGCGGAACACACAUGUCAUAACAAUACUUUGGCAUACGAAAUAUCACAUAGGGGUAUUACGCCAAACGAGAUGAGAGUCAAUUCAAGAUCAAGAAUUACGAUCAACCAUCGGCUUACCUGCGCUCCUAUUUUCCUUGACACAUUCCUUCACUUGAAAAAUGGCUCUGGAAGCGAAACAGUGAUUUCUGUUGCCGUUAGAGAUAGAUUUUUCGAAGUUGCCGACCGGAAGCUGGGAAUAACGUUACGUACAAUAAACAACCCUAACCUUACCACGAAUGAAGACCUUAGCACACGCAUGCGCGGAGAACGAUGGCCAUACGACCUCACCAUACUACCACAAUUUUCUGCGCUUGAUACGUUUACUGGUAGAGGACCACCGGGAGGACCUAACCUUACUACAUUCGGUGCAUACCCCACAGAGGAGGUUGUUGACGAGAAAUUACAAAGCCUAAAGGGAAAGAUAUUUCUAGCAGUCCAUCGAGCCGGUCCCGCAGUAUAUACUUAUACAAACGAUGAUCCACUGUUCUCCUCUCACGUCCCACACAAAAUUCUUUUGGGACCUACGUACUAUCUCCCCGACCAAGAAGCAACCGCACUUGGCUGUCUGGAGAGUUUUCAAUACUGCGUAGCAGCAUCGCAUUUCUGUACAUCCUGGGGAACACUAUCAGAAAGGCUUGAUGAAGUUGAGGAGGAGCUGAAAAAGGAGCAAGACAUAAGCACUAUCGAGGACGUUUGGGUUUCCAGAAUGCUCACAGAAGAGUUAUCAGUCCAUGAAUACUUUCUACAGCGAACCCCUUGGAUGUUUCAUAAUAAGAAUGUUCCCUUCACAUUGCCUGAUCCAUUGGAGGUAAAGUGGGAAGGACAUCCGAUGGGUCAGACCUUGACUACAGAUUGGAGAGGAGAAGUCAAAGAAUGGCUCUUAAAAGGGAUUGAAAAGACGAUGUUACAGGUCCAACAUGGAGCACUUAUCGACAUCAAACGGAAAUAUUAUAACGCUCCCUUUUACCAAAACACCUUGGCGGGACAUGAAACACUUUGUGACCGGGUACUCUUUGCUCAUAUGAGUUAUACCAAUAUUCACUUUGGGGUCGAAAACUCUCUUAGUGAUGUGGAGAGAACUAUUAUGGCCCCGAAAGCUAGUAUUUCUUGA